UUUUUCACAAAUGUCAAAAACAAUUCCAGAAUCCACUUUUUUGUGUGACCCACGCUCUUAUUCUGGAAACCGAAAUAACCGUUUUGUUUCUAUCCAGCUUGACAGAGGUCUCGCGCUACGCAGGUGCCAACAUCAUCGAGGACACGAUGGCACUUAUUGGCUCCGCGGUUCGGUUAUCGGUGCUCGGCUUCCUCCUGUGCCUGCAGGUGGGCAGGGCUCCGGCCCGCAGCCCCCGCACGGCGGACCAGGUGUCCGAGGCCGACAUCCAGCGGCUCCUGCACGGGGUCAUGGAGCAGCUGGGCAUUGCUCGGCCGAGGGUGGAGUAUCCUGCACAUCAGGCCACCAACAUAGUCGGGCCUCAGAGCAUCCAGGGUGGUGCUCACGAGGGGCUGCAGCAUCUGGGCCCCUUCGGCAACAUCCCCAACAUUGUUGCCGAGCUGACCGGCGACAACGUCCCCAAAGACGUCAGUGAUGAUCACGGCUACCCGGACCCUCCAAACCCGUGUCCCCUAGGAAUGACAGCAGCAGAUGGGUGUUUGGAAAAUGCUCCGGACACGGCUGAGUUCAGCAGAGAGUUUCAGAAACAUCAGCAUCUUUUUGACCCAGAGCACGACUACCCAGCACUCGCAAAAUGGAACAAGGAUCUUUUGUACCAAAAACUGAAGGGAGGACAGAGAAGAAGAAAAAGGAGUGUCAACCCGUAUCUAAUGGGCCAGAGGCUGGAAAAUGUGGUCGCCAAAAAAUCUGCCCCCCACUUCUCCGAGGAACAAGAGGAAGACCCAUCAACUGCUUCUGCUGUCAACAAAUCUACCACCUAAAGUCCUGCACCCACAUCCCUCACUCUAAUAUUAAAGUAUACUGUCAGAUUAUAAGUUUAAGUCUAAACUGUCAGUACAUCUAUAACUGUAUUAUAAUAACCCAUAUAAAGAUAUUUUGAUUUGGAGGAAUGUUAAAAGUCAUAAUUAUUCGAGACUGUACAGAAAUAAAUUUUCUCACUGAAGUUUUGGAAGUUAAGUUUUUGUAUGUCUUGAUAAUCACAUCUGUGUCUUCAAGCAACUGUUUAAUGCAAAUCCUUUUGUGGUAAUUGUAAACAGUAGCAGCUUUGUGGGAUGACUUUGAACUAUAUCACUGUCCCAUGUCAAUUAUCGUAGCUCUUAACAUAGCAUAACAUAGUCUUAUCUUACCAACUCAUGUUUGUUUUGCUGUGUGAAGUCAAAUAAACGAUUUAUCUGCAUUCGAAA